UCCUCAUUCGACCGAGUAGCAGCGCUGGGAGAGCAUCAUUACCUUUACCGCCGUUUUACCGCUCACUCAUGUGCUGACAGCUGCCAUCUCCGGUGACUGCACAGUGUUUACCGACUUGUCUUCCCAGAGGUGCAGAUAAAUUGUGUAAAAUUUAUACAGUGGUUGAUGUAUCUACAUUGAAACCAAAAAGCCCCUCGAGGUGCCCUGAGAAGAAACCGGACUGCUCUCCCCCUCCACACACACGCUUCCCGUGCAGCACUGCGCAGAAACGGGGCGCAGCGAACCAACAGGAGAGCGACAGUAGCGAAGCCCAACGUAACAGAGGAGUUUGGACAAACGGCUGGCAAUAGAUGAAUCCCGUUCUUUAGGACUUAGCUCAAUCACACUACACCCCUCUUUCGGAUUUGCACUUGGCCGUGUGACGGUAAUAGAGUAGGAUGGAUUUCCCCGUGUUUAUGGCUCUGUUGAUUUGCGCGCUGACGGUCCCGGGAUUCGGGGAUAUGGGGAGCGGAAAAGCUCAGAGUUGUUCGGAUAUCCGACAGUUCUACAAUGGCAAGGGAUUCAGUCUGAACGGAGUGCCUCAAUCAGAAAUAUCAGGAGAGCACCUGAGGAUCUGUCCCCAAGGCUACACGUGUUGCACCAGUGUCAUGGAGGACAGCCUAUCCAAUCUGAGUCGCACAGAGAUGGAGGGCCUGAUCAGAGACGCUGGACGUGCCCUGCAAGCCUCCCUCAAUGGACAGUACAAGGUCUUCGAUGGUUACCUCCUGGAGCUGCUGAACCGUUCCGAGGGUUUCCUGCAGCAGUCCUAUCCCCCGGCGCUGGGUUCCCUGUACACCCAGAACACCCGCGUGUUCUCUGACCUGUACACGGAGCUGAGACGGUACUACCGUGGUUCCAACGUUAACAUUGAGGAGGCGCUCAACGAGUUCUGGGCCCGCCUGCUGGAGAGGAUGUUCAAGGGAGCCAAUGGACGGUAUCUCAUAGGCGAUGACUACCUGGAGUGUGUGUCCAAGCAGUCGGAGACGCUGCGACCCUUUGGUGACACCCCCCGAGACCUCAAGUUGAAAGUGACACGUACAUUUGUGGCGGCACGCUCCUUUGUCCAGGGACUGGUGAUCAGCGGGGAGGUGGUUCGCAAGGUGUCACAGGUGCCCCUGAGCCCAGAGUGCAUGCGUGCCAUCAUGAAGAUGACGUACUGUCCCCACUGCCGUGGCGUGGCCUCUGCCAGGCCCUGUGCCCACUACUGUGCCAACGUGCUGAAGGGCUGCCUCGCUAACCAGGCCGACCUGGACACAGAGUGGAGGAACUUGGCUGAUGCCAUGCUGCAGGUCUCUAACAGGUUUGAGGGUGUGUCCAGUGUGGAUGUGGUGUUCCUCUCUCUCCCCACACACAUCUCAGAGGCUAUCACCACCAUGAUGGACAACAUAGACACAUUUAACAACAAGGUGUUCCAGGCAUGUGGGAAUCUGAGGGAGGGAGGAACCAGCAGCACCGGGUUGGAGGAGGUGAAGAGGAGGGGGAAGGUUACAGUGGAGGACAGUCCAACCUCUGCGGCUAGGCUGGAGAAACUGGUGUCUGAUGUGUCGAGGAAGCUGAGGGACAUGCAGCCCUACUGGGUCUCGUUACCCAGCACCCUCUGCAGUGACAGGGUGGCCACUAGGGCCCAAGCAGACAAAUGCUGGAACGGCAUGGCCCGUGCCAGGUACCUUCCAGAGGUGAUGGGUGACGGCCUGGCUAGUCAGAUCAACAACCCUGAGGUAGAGAUCGACAUCACCAAGCCAGACAUGACUAUACGCCAACAGAUCAUGCAGCUCAAGAUCAUGACCAACCGCCUCAAGAACGCUUUCAAUGGCAACGAUGUGGACUUUCAGGACACCAGUGAUGAUGUCAGUGGUUCAGGAAGUGGGAUGUGCACAGAUGAAAACUGUCCUCGGGGCCCGCGCCUCAUGGCCCCCAGCACAGACAGACCCAAAGUGUACGCCUACCCUCCGGAGAACAAGAAGGUUGUGAAAGCAUCAGCUGACCACAACCUCCCAUCCAUCGCCCUCUACCUGCUCUCAUUGGUUAUGUUGCUGCUCCGGCGAUAAUUGACAGGGUAUUCCACCAAUCUAGACUGAGUUUGGGACAUGGGGGGCAGGACGAGGGGUGGGAAGAGAAGAGAAGAUGUCGUGGGGUUAUUUACUUACUUUGCCAAAACAAAACAAAAAUAACGAGAAAAAAAACGACUGGACUUCCUUUUGGUCUCAGAUAAGAACAAAAGUUGUAAUGAGUAUUAUAUUAUUCAGAGAUUUUUUGGUUCUGUUCUUGUCUUUUAUUUUACGGUAUACGGCACCCCUGAGCUGGACUUUUCACACUUUUAUUUUAUUUUCUGGUGUUUGGGUUCUCUGAGAUAUCUGUACCUAAGACAUGUUAAGAGUCAAUCUAUAGACUAUAGAGAUAUACAGGAUGUUAGUGUUGGUUGACGCUGUGCUGUGUAAGGGGGACUUUUCAGUCAUGCUGAGCCUAACAUUUGUGUUCCUAAUCAUGUAAACAGCCUUUAUGUCUGAGGUGAUGAUUUAUUUAUUAAAAACAGAGGAAUAUAAUCCCCACGGAGCGUCUUUGAGCUCCCCAAUAUUUAUAGAAAAACUACUUCUCCCCCAAACUCAAACGAAAUAAACUAUUGAUGAGUUUUAUGAAAGAUAAUCUGGUUUCAGUAAGGCCCUAAAAACCUUAAACCCUUAAACCCACACAUCACAUGGCAACAGUGAGAAAAUUCAAACGCUUCACAUAAGCAGUUUUUUCAUCUGCUUGAUAAUAUAAGGCAGUAAUAAUAGUUGUGAUCAUAUUCACACAGACAUGAUCCUUCCAUCCCUCCACCCUUACUUCUGUCUUUCCCAGAGCAGAUCUGUUUCUCUAGGCUUUGGUGGCUCUAUAGGACCAGAUGGGGAAUGUUUUGGGAAACAUAAAGAACAUUACAGUGUUAGUGUGACCACAGUAGUCCUCUGUAUUGACACUAUAUUGGCAGAAUAUGGUAGCAUAUGGGCUGUGUGGGUGUGUACUGCCGUUUGUUCUGUCUCAGUGGAGGCCGGUGGGAGGAGCUUUAGGAGGACGGGCUCAUUGUAAUGGCUGGACUGGAAUCAUGGCUACGGAGUCAAACAAGUGGUUUCUAUAUGUUUGAUGCUGUUCCAAUUAUUCCAUUCCAGCCACUGCAAUGAGCCUAUCCUCUUACAGCUCCUUCCACCAGCCUAUUCUGUUCUGUCUUCAGAUAAUGGACCUUGGUCGACAUAAUAAUGUAUUACUUUCUUGUUAAUGGCUAAGCUUUUAUGGUACCUAUGAUGAAUACUUUUGGACAGAGCCAGCCAGCUACAGUGGAGGGGUUUUUACAUACUGCACUAUAACCACUUGUGGUAAAGCAGACUGUGUACAUGUGUCUGACCGACCGUUUCUCUGUUUGGACUGGUUGACUUAGGGAUUGGAAUUUGUGAUGAUCACUCAAAUAGCUUUUUCUCUCCCUCCUCUCAUCUCAUUCUUUCUUCUCACCUCCCACCUUCUUUCUCUCCCUUCUUCUCACACAGUGCCUCUCUUCCCACUCCCUCUCUCAGUUCUCUCUGCCUCCCAGGCUAUUUUUCAUGGUAAACUAUUCAUCUGUUAUGAAGACCUGCAAAUUGUUCUCCAAUGCUUUUUUUUGGCAUUAUGGCAAUGACAGAGCUUCAUCAUACUGCAACAUGAUUGGGAUAUUGUGGGAAUGUUGUGGAAGGCCUUUGCUGAUGAAAAUCUUGCAGCCAGGGAGGAAGGAUGUACUUCAACUUAGUUCAAAUAAUUGUCAAGGCUCUCAGUCUUAGACCACUGUGUGGGAGGGAUGGAGGUAAGAUACAGUGUGUGUGUGUGUGUGUGUGUGUGUGUGUGUGUGUGUGUGUGUGUGUGUGUGUGUGUGUGUGUGUGUGUGUGUGUGUGUGUGUGUGUGUGUGUGUGUGUGUGUGUGUGUGUGUGUGUGUGUGUGCGUGUGCAUGCUCAUGAUAAAGAAGGUCUUCUUGGGCUUAUUCAACAAGAUGGAAACCGAUAGAAACAUAUUGUAUAGAACCAAUUCAAUGCUUUACUCCACAUGAUAUUAAAAACAUUGUCUCUUGCACAGCAAUAUAUUUCUAUCCACAGACUGAAUAGGCCCCCUUAGGGACGAGUGGAGAUGUUUUGAUACGGUCUGCGCUCGUCAAUAGCCGACAUCGAAAGUGCAAUCAAUGAGGAGAUUGGAGAGAUUUAUGACUCCAGAGACAAGGUCAUACACUAGAACUGAGGUCUUCAGCCUGUGACUGUGCACUAGAACUGAGGUCUUCAGCCUGUGACUGUGCACUAGAACUGAGGUCUUCAGCCUGUGACUGUGCACUAGAACUGAGGUCUUCAGCCUGUGACUGUGCACUAGAACUGAGGUCUUCAGCCUAUGACUGUGCACUAGAACUGAGGUCUUCAGCCUGUGACUGUGCACUAGAACUGAGGUCUUCAGCCUAUAACUGUGCACUAGAACUGAGGUCUUCAGCCUAUGACUGUACACGAUAACUGAGGUAGCAAGGCAACACGUCCAUUAGGCAUGACCUUUUUGGUUUCUGAGGCAGGAAAUUUGGGAGGACACACUCAAGUAGGAGGACUGCAGUAGUUAUCAAAACCGGUCCUGGCGGAUCCCUUUGUAUCCAGGUUUUCCUUCCAACCUUCACACAAUUAUAUUACUUUGAUCUGAUAUGCACUACAUUAUUCAAUUGAUAGAUUGGGUGAAAAACCUACAAGAGUCCUCUUGGACCGGUAAUGAACCUUAUGAACCUCUGUAAAAUAGGUUACGUGUGAAAAGGCCAAGAAAUAUUUUGAUACAUUUUGUGACACAAGGUAGUGCUCUGAUAAAGAGGGUACCAUGUGAGCUUGUGUAGGGGUACCUGGUUUUAAACUGCCGUAUCUGCCGGUGUGACUGCCCCCGCAGUGACAUUCCAAUGCAAAAAGACGACUAACCACUUUUACUCACGACGACUUCACUCACUUUCAAUGGACACGCUUUGCAAUGCCAUCGGACAAAAUUUGCACAACCCCCCCCUUCUCUCCUCCAACCACUCUCGCGCUCUAAUCUGAAUAGUUCAAAGUCCACUGCCUCUUUUUAAACGCUGCACUUUUAUGACAUAAGAGGCCUAGGUAAUCGAUAGGAUGGCAAUCUGCACAAAGACAGAUCACAAGAUGGUGGAUUGAUAGGCGAGUCGACACUCCAUAUAUGUCUACUGAUUAGGAUUAUGCAGAUAGAGAUGGACCACUGAGAUGGCUGCAGUCUGAGAAGGGUGAAAUAGCAAUGUCAGAUUUGGGAUUAAAUAAUACUGAAAUCUUUCAAACACGUUUGCUCUAGCAUGCCUGGGGUUUUGCAGAUGGGCAUGGUUUGCAGUUAUGGCCCUAUUAUUUUGUCCAUUAAGCCAGGCCAGCUCAAUCAAGCACAGAUAAAGUAUUUGAAAUUAUUUCAAAUAUUAUUUGAGCCUAGGUCUGAUAUAACCAGUGGCCCUGGACACUACUCUUUCCCCUUCACAAGUUGAAUGUGGCAGGCAUUUCCGAAAGGUGACGAUUUGAAAGAAAACCUUUUUUUAUUUUUUUUUAUUUUUUUUUUACACAUUUGGAGAGUUUGUGUUCAUGGUGAUGGUAGAUGCAAGAAGAAAGACUUUUGAGUCAAUAUGUGUAAUUUGCUGUUGUUUGUUCCUGGAACCUUGUGUCAAUUAUAUACGUUGUAAGAUUUUCAAGA